AUGCUGGAAAACAGCUCAUAUGACGAUAGACUGACUGACAGCGAUUCCACGGACGGCAUGGACGGCAUGGAUGGCAUGGACGACAUGGACGACACGGACGACACGGACGGCAUGGAUGACCAUGACAGUCCAGGGAUAGCCAACAUCGAGGACACAGAAAUGGAUAUGGGGCCAAUUCAAAUGGCCUCUGAAGAGUCGCAUCUUUUGGAACCAACAGAGUCUGGCACGGCAGAGGGAGGUCUGCUGGUCUCAAAUUACAACCUGCCUGAAGGAGAAUCACGGGGAGACUUUGUGUCUUGGAGCGACUUCGAUGCUGGCUUGUCUCACCCAAGUCUCCAGUUUGCACCCAGAAACUGGGAAACGUUUGAUAUCGAUGCCUAUUUCGAUUUUGAUGCCUACUAUAACGAUGCAGGGCCUAAUCUGGGGGGUUUUAUUUCACCUGGGCAGCAAUGGUGGCCUUACCGUGCAACGUAG